GAACGAGUUUUUAUUGUAUCAUCAGAAAAAUAUUUUUUUACUAUCUACUUUUACUAAUAUACAUAUAUUUUUUUUAAAUAGUCAUUUGAAUGCUCAUAGUAGGGUUAAGUAUACAUUAAAUGAUGGUAGAUUUGUGUUAAAAAAAAAGGAUUGA